UCAUUUGUAACAACCAAAUUAAAAUUAAGACCACCACACCCGUACAGCUCCAAAAUAUGCCAUCACCGCCUGACCUCCAUUUUCACAAUCUCCGACCCAUCAAACUCCUCGGAACCGGUGCGACCGGCACCGUGUUCCUCGUUCACGAUCCUAUUUCCGACCCUCACGCCUGCUCUCCAUUCGCUCUCAAAGUAGUCGAAAAAUCAUCACAUUCCACCCUGAAUCGCGCCAACUCAGAAAUUUCCAUCCUCAAUCACCUUUCUCACACCCCCAACCCAUUUCUACCUUACUUAAUCGGGUCAUUUGAAACCCAUGAAUUCAUUGCAUGGGCCGUUCCUUUUUGCCCGGGUCGUGAUCUUAACAUCCUCCGUCACCGUCAACCCGACAACGUUUUUUCGGUCAACACUAUCCGUUUCUACUUAGCUGAAAUUGUGUGCGCGUUACAACAUCUUCAUAGCUUGCAAAUCGUAUACCGUGAUUUAAAACCGGAAAAUAUUUUAAUUCAAGAAUCGGGUCACGUGACUCUCACGGACUUUGAUCUCUCCAAAACAUUACAACAGCAGCCUUGUAAUAAUAAUGUGAUGUCACGUGCUUCCGGGUUAAGAAAACAGAAAACCGCACGUGUGUUGCCCGUGACACGUGGCGAGAGAUCAAACUCGUUUGUUGGGACAGAAGAAUAUUUGUCGCCGGAAAUGGUGCGGGGCGAUGGUCAUGAAUUUGGUGUUGAUUGGUGGGCGUUGGGAAUACUUGCUUACGAAAUGUUGUAUGGAACGACGCCGUUUAAAGGGAAGAAUAGAAAGGAUACGUAUGGGAGGAUACUAACGAUGCAACCAAAGUUUAACGGCAAGUUAACGACGUUAACGGAUUUGAUAAGUAAAUUGUUAGAGAAAGAGCCCACGCGCCGUCUUGGGUAUAGGACGGGCGCGUGUGAAAUUAAAGAGCAUCCGUUUUUCUAUGGUUUGAGGUGGGAUAUGUUAACGGAAGUUGUACGGCCUCCGUUUAUUCCAUCAAAGGAUAACGUUGAGCUAACGGGGAAUGAUGUUGGCGUUAGUAUAAAGGAGUUUUUUCGGAAGGUGAAGGAGCCCCCGGCGUUGGCGUUAGAUUCUUUGUCGUGCAACGUUUCAUUAACGGAGUUUUGACGAACGCACGUGUGGAUGUUGAUAUUAUUGAUCCAGCUGUAUAUAUACAUAAUAUAUACUCGUAACAAAUAAUUGUACGUAUAGGAUUUAUAUAUGCAAUUUAAUGUUGGAAGAGAAGAAAAGAAGUAGGAUACGCAUACGCUCGUGAGGUGGCGCGUGAAUAAAGGGAGGUUGAAAUGAGUCUAAAAAGUAAAAAGAGAGGGUAAAGUUUAGGAUAACUUUGUUUGUUAGUAAUUAAAAGGCUUCAAACGAGGUAAAAUAGUGUCCUUUUUACAUGUUAAUCAAUGAGUUGUUUAACUUUUUCAUUACUUUGUCGACUAUGAUUUGAUAUUUGAUGUAAAUAAUAUUGAGGAAAAACUGGUAAAGAUGAAUGUUGAUUUGCUUUUUGUUUUUGUAAA